AUGGACUUUGUCUUCAUCAAUGUUAAGGAGCCUCAGGACGCGCUCCAACUCGCCAAGGAGCCCGAGAUCCGAUCGCACGUAGCUCGCCACCAAUGGCGGCAUGUCGCCAAAAGGAAGAGAGGCGAAGGCCUACCCGCCUGCGCGGAUCCGAACUGUAUAACGCUGCGAAAGCGGGUCAAUGCCCAGUCUUCAGCUUCUGAUGGGGUGCCGGGGCCCGUAGGCGCGACCGUUCUGUCUUUCUCCAUACCCCGUCCGCUAGGGGGGCUGCGGAUUGAUCCAUUCCGCUCUUAUCCGAUCGCUUGGAGACCAUUUGUUCCACGGCUGGUUGACCAUUAUCUGGUGAGCAUGGCUGUUGACAUUCCCGAACUCGACCUGCCAGGCAACCGCGGUCUCCUCCGGACCAGCUGGUUUCCGCUUGUGAUGACCGAGCCUGCGCUAUUCCUGGUUAUCAUGUUGCUCGCAGCAUCCCACCAUGCAACUGUAAACCCACAGUCUCUCGAGAUCAGGCUGAAUCUCCUCAGUCUUCGAUGCGAGGCCGUCCAGGCCAUCAACAAAGCCCUGGGCGAGCAGCAGCGCGGACUGAAUGAUGCUCUCGUUGGCGCCAUUGCCAAGAUGGCCAGCUACGAAGCCAUGUUUGGGAGCAUGGAUGACUUCGGGGUGCACAUGCGAGGUCUCCUUCGCGCUGUUGAUCUUCGGGGCGGUCUCACGUCCCUUGGGUUGAACGGCCUGUUACGUCGAAUCGUAGUGUGGAUUGAUCGCAACGCGGCCUUUCUGCACGGCUCAUCUUUGUAUUUCCCUGGUGCGACUUUUGUGCCCGGGCAGCCACUGCCUGAUCCGAAUCCGGGUCAUUUCUUGGGGGCAUCAUGA